AUGCAGGACGAUACACGCAUUGAUUUAUUAUGCUUGUUGAAUCCAUCUUCAGAUCAACCGCCUUCUGAGGAUAGUAUUGCCAAUUUAUUGUCUACAAGGUCUAAGCGCAAUCAGCCUUAUACUCGUUCAGGCUACUCAAAUUUGAUUGUUGUAAAUCCCUACCAAUCUCUAGAAAUCCUCAAUGAUGCUACAUUAAAGUCUUAUGCUGACAAUGGAUACAGAAACCUUGUAGAAAAUAAGCCCUUUAUGCAGCCACAUGUAUAUGAUUUGGCUACAAGAGCUUACUUUCAUAUGCGUAGAACAGGUGAAGAUCAAAGUAUUAUUUUAAGUGGUAUCACCGGUUCUGGGAAAAGUACUACUCGAUCUCAUCUUUUAAACCAACUUUUAUCACUUUCAACACAUUCUAAAAAAGAGACUAAGCUUCAACAACAGAUCAAAAAUUCGCUUGUGAUUCUAGAAGCUUUUGGUAAUGCAAAGACUACGCAAAACACUUCUGCUUCAAAGUACGGUAUCUUUCAAGAAUUACAAUUUUCAGAAAGAGGUCGAAUUCUCGGUGCAAAGACACUCACCUACGCUUUUGAUAAAUCAAGAGUCACAUCAGCCCCUAAAGACGAACGUACUUUUAAUGUGUUUUAUUCUUUAUUGGCUGGAACAAGUCCUGAAGAACAAACUGCACUUCAUAUUAAUUUCCCUCCUGAAUCAUUCAACUACCUCUCUGUCUCUAAGACAAUCAAAGUACCAGAAAUUAAUGAUGAUAUUGCCUUUGCUGAUCUUAAGAGCUCGCUCAAGACAUGCGGCUUUAAAGCAAAGACAGUGACUCAAAUCUUUCAAUUGUUGGCAACCAUUCUGCAUAUUGGUAACAUCCAAUUUCAAGAAGAUCACGAUGCUGGAAACUUGGCUCAAGAGGCUUGCUGUGUCCGUAACCGUGAUGUGCUAGAGGUGGUUGCUGUCAUGUUGGGUGUGUCACCAAACAAGCUUGAACAGUCGCUUACUUACAAAUUAAGGUUGAUUCGCAAGGAGCUUUGUACCAUGUUUUUGAAUACGCAAGGUGCUACUGAACAAAGAGACGCUCUUGCUCGAGCCCUUUAUCAUGUCUUGUUUGUCUGGAUUGUCGAAUCUAUUAAUACCAAGAUCUGCUACAAUGAUGGUGAACCUGCUAAUUUUAUUGGCAUCUUGGAUCAAUUCGGUUUCCAGAACUUCAAAUCCAAUGGUUUUGAGGAGUUUUGUGCCAACUUUGCCAAUGAGCGUGUCCAGCAAUUUAUCAUUGAUCAACAAUUCAAUGAAUCAGAUAUGAACCUUGCCAUGAUACGUGAUGGUAUCGUACUCCCCAAUUUUACUAUGACAGACAAUACAAGUUGCCUUGAACUCUUGGUUGGUAAAGAACAAGACCACACGCGUGAAAAGAACGUAAUCAAAUCGGCUGCCCUUGGUUUAGGUGGCAUUGUGAGUAUGAUGGAUCGUGAUUGCGCCCGCUAUCAAGCAGGUGCCACUGAUGCUACCAAUGCAAACUUUCUUGUGAAUGUGCAACGUGCGUAUGGUUCACAUCCUUCAUUUGCUAAAUCAGGACAUGCCUAUGCAUUUGGCAUCAAUCAUUUUUCGGGUUCCGUACAUUACACAGUGGAAUCAUUUUUGGAAAAGAAUUUGGACGAUCUCUCUCCUGAUUUUGUGAGCCUUCUUCGUGACAAUAGUACGAAUUCUUUUGUCUCCGCUCUCUUUGAAGGUACUGCCAUGGCCACAGAAUCACAUCCUAAAGACGAUCGUACCAUUGUCAAGGCACAACUGUCUAGUAAGCCCACGCGUGCACCAUCUAUGAAGAGAACCAACAAACGCCGCAAUAACAACGAUGCUACUGCUGGUGAAGCUGAGGUUGAAACUGAAGAGGCAAAAAAGCAAAAGGGCUUAAAAGAAGCAGAAGAUGUUUACCAAAGCAUGCAAGUCACUACUGUCAUGGAUCAGCUUUAUAUGACAUUACACGAUCUUUUUUAUACCAUGGCAGAUACUCGCCUUUACAAUAUUAUUCAUAUUAGACCUAAUGAUACCCAAUCACCCGAUUCGUUUGAUGCAAAGCGAGUCAAGGCACAAUUGCGUGCUUUCUUGGUACCUGAAUUAACCACAAGGGCCUCUGUUAGUUAUGCUAAUUACUAUACAUUUGCUGAAUUCGUUGUUCGCUACGCAAAUCUGGUGCGCUCCUUGAAUAUCGACCCCUCCAGAUCUGAACGUGAGCAAGUGCAAGAUGUGCGUGCUAUUAUGAAUUGGUCUGAAUCACAAGCAUUCAUUGGCCGUGAAAUGAUCUGGAUUGGCUAUGAUAACUGGAAAGAACUUGAAGAUGGUUUACGUUUAGCUGAAAAAGAAGAACGUGCUAAAGGGGCAGAUAGCAAGCAGGAGGUGCCUAUUCCUAGUCAUUUUACUGGUGCUGAAUAUUAUCAAGAUGGACAAGGCCGCAUGACGAAUAAUGGAUAUAUGGAUCAUUUUGGUCCACCUAGAGCUUUUGAAGACUCUGCAAGUUAUGUGGACAGUGACGAUGGUAUCAAACGAGACAUGGAAGGCAGUCAAUGGGGUGAAGAAUCAGAAUGGGGCAUGAAAGGGCUUUCAGAAGGAUUUGGUCCAAAUAUGGACAUGAGCAAAAUGGUAGAAGACUAUCAUACCCCUCAACAUGAAUCAGUAGAAGAAGUGCCGAUCACAGCUGUCCGUAUUUGGUGGGUACGGUUUGUUUGGCUCAUGACUUGGUGGAUCCCUUCUCCCUUUUUACGCUGGUUUGGCAAGAUGAAGCGUGAAGAUAUUCAAAUGGCAUGGCGUGAAAAAGUAACCCUCUGUAUUAUUAUUCUUUUCUUUUCUGCUGUUACUAUCUUUGUGAUCGUGGGGCUUGGUGAAGUGAUUUGUCCUGGUACUCGUGAGAUGUACUCUCCUGCAAAUGUAGGUGCCCACAGUACGCCUGAUGAUAUGUACGUCAGUGUGCGUGGUCUAGUCUAUGAUAUCACCAAUUUUGCAAAAAAUUCGCAUGGUACACCAGGAUUUACGGCUACGACUGAUUCCAUGAACCAACUUGCUGGACAGGACGUAAGCUAUAUCGUUCCUCCUCCUCUGACUGUUGCUUGUUCUGGCUUAGUCACUUCGCCUACUACCAAAAUUAUUGCCAACAUCACCACAUCUGUCAGUAUUUUUAGCCAUUAUUCGGGCGAUCAAGUCUUGGUUCCUAAUUCUGCUAAACUACAAGACCCAUAUUGGUAUUGGAAUUACUUCUUGCCUAGCAUGAGUAUCCAUAAGAAAGGAAAGCUGGUGAUCUCUGUUAAGCAAUUAGCUGAUGACUUUAAGGGUUGGUCAAGACGUGCACUCGCUAUCCAUGGUAAAGUCUAUGAUAUUCAAGAUUAUAUGACAACAGCUGCUCUUUACGAGGCAGGAACCGCACCUGAUAAAAGAGGUCCCUAUCACUUCUUGAGCGAGCAAGUGGAAGAGAUUUUCAAAAGCUUCAGUGGUACAGAUGCUAGCGAAAGAUGGGACUAUUAUACUGGUUCAAUGUCGCCUGAACUUAAGGAAGCCAAUCAAGCAUGUUUGGAUAACUUUUUCUAUAUCGGUGAUGUCGAUGAGCGUGAAUCUGUUAAAUGUAUGUUUACGAAUUACAUGCUUCUUGCUUGUGCUAUCUUUAUGUGUGCUGUGAUUGCUGUCAAGUUUUUAGCUGCCCUUCAGUUUGGUGGUGCUCCUACACCUGAAGAUCAUGACAAGUUUGUUAUUUGUCAAGUUCCUUGCUAUACCGAAGAUGAGGAGUCCUUGAAGAAAACAAUUGACUCCCUUACUGUGAUGAACUACGACGAUAAGCGCAAGUUGCUUUACAUUAUUGCUGAUGGUAUGAUCAUGGGUAGUGGCAAUGACCGACCAACUCCUCGUAUUGUACUUGAUGUGCUUGGUUAUGACACAAAGAAUGAUCCUGAACCUCUCAUGUUCAAGUCGAUUGGUGAAGGCUCCAAACAACUCAAUUAUGGUAAAGUCUAUUCUGGUCUUUACGAAUGCGAAGGUCAUGUUGUGCCUUAUGUCGUAGUUGUAAAAGUCGGUAAAGCUUCUGAGCGCGCUAAACCAGGCAACCGGGGUAAACGUGAUUCUCAAAUGAUCUGUAUGAAUUUCUUGAACAAGGUCCACUUUGACUCUGAAAUGACACCUUUGGAACUUGAAAUGUACCAUCAAAUUAAGAACGUGAUUGGUGUAAAUCCCAGCUUCUAUGAGUACAUUCUCAUGGUAGAUUCUGAUACUGAAGUCUUGCCUGAUGCUCUAAACCAUAUGAUUUCUCGCAUGCUUCAUGAUGGUCGUAUUAUUGGUAUUUGUGGUGAAACUAAAUUAGUAAAUGAAGAUCGUUCCUGGACAACUAUGAUUCAAGUCUAUGAAUACUAUAUUUCGCAUCAUUUGGCUAAGGCUUUUGAAUCGUUAUUUGGUUCAGUUACCUGUUUGCCAGGCUGUUUCUGUAUGUACCGUAUUCGUACGCCUGUCAAGAAUGAGCCUUUGAUUAUCUCUCCUAAAGUAAUUCAUGACUACUCAGAUAACCAUGUCGAUACACUCCACAAGAAAAACUUAUUGCAUCUUGGUGAAGAUCGUUACUUAACCACUUUAAUGAUGAAGCAUUUCCCUCAAUACAAAAUGAAGUUUACACCUCACGCACAGUGUAAGACAGUAGCUCCUGAUCGAUGGCAGAUUCUGUUGUCUCAGCGUCGUCGUUGGAUUAACUCUACCAUUCACAACUUAUUUGAAGUCGUCUUGUUGCCUGAUCUUUGUGGUUUCUGUUGUUUCUCCAUGCGAUUUGUGGUACUGAUUGAUUUGAUUGGUACAUUAACUUUGCCUGUCUCUGUUAUUUACUUGGUUUAUCUUAUCUAUGUCAUUGCUUCGCAUACAGGUCCUAUUCCUGUGCUGGCCCUUGCCAUGUUGGCUGGUAUUUAUGGUCUUCAAGCUAUUUUGUUUAUCCUGAAGCGUCAAUGGCAACACAUUGGCUGGAUGAUCUUUUAUAUCUUGGCUAUUCCUGUCUUUUCCUUCUUCUUGCCUAUUUAUUCUUUCUGGCAUUUUGACGAUUUCUCCUGGGGUAAUACCCGUGUGGUUGUGGGUGACAAGAAGCAAAAGAAGAUCAUUGUAGCGGACGACGAAAAAUUUGAUGAAAAAAUGAUUCCCUUAAAGAAAUGGAGCGUCUAUGAACAAGAACUUUGGGAGAUGGGAUCAACUGGCAGUAAAGAAACAGGGGUAACAGGCCACAGCUACAGAAGUUAUCGUUCGCAUGGUUCUCGUGCAAAUCAAAUGAAUGCUCAUGACAAUCGCUCUCAUUAUGGUGGAAGUCAAGCAGGCGAUUAUGAUUAUUAUCGUGACACCAAUGUCUCUACCAGUUUUGAAAGAAAAAAUAGAUCUCAUAGUCCAGGUUUUGCUGGCUCUAUUAUCAGCCCUGGAUCAGAAUACGGAGGCAUGGGCACACAAGACUUUAUGGCUACGCCUCCUUUACCGCGUGUCUCUCAAGCCAUGUCUGUCCAUAGUUUUGGGCCAGAUUAUGCAGCCAGUAGUCAUAUCAUGCCUAUGAUGGCCAACAGUAGUUUUAUGCUGCAUCCACAAGAGAAAAGCAUGAUGACUAGCAACCAGUCUAUGAUAGGACAGCCUGUGAUGGGAGCACUUCAAAGUGAGUAUGAAAUGCCUAUGCGACCCAUGAGCCAAUUCUCUGUUCCCAUGUCACAAGGAGGCGUACAAACCAUGACACCACCAGGAUUCCCUACAGAUGAGGAGAUCUUAUCUGAAAUAAGAAACAUUCUUCAAACUGCUAAUUUAAUGAGCAUUACAAAGAAACAAGUUCGAGAGCAGUUGAGCGCAUUUUUUGGAUUCGACAUGUCUCCCAAAAAAGAGUAUAUUAAUACUAGCAUUGAAUAUGUAUUACAAGGUCGCCUUUAA